CACCGGGACACGGGGCGACACGGCCAGGACAGCGCCAUGGGGCCGCACGGCCGGCACCGCCCCUGCCUGCUGCUCCUGCUGCUGCCGCCGCUGCUGCCGCUGCCGCCCGUGCGCGCCGCCGCCGCCGCCGCCGCCGCCGCCGCCCGGCCCAACUUCGUGCUGGUGCUGGCGGACGAUCUGGGCUUCGGGGACCUGGGCAGCUACGGGCACCCCUCGUCCGCCACGCCGCACCUGGACCGGCUGGCGGCCCGCGGGCUGCGCUUCACCGACUUCUACAGCAGCGCCGCCGUCUGCAGCCCGUCCCGGGCCGCGCUGCUGACCGGCCGGCUGCCGGUGCGCUCCGGGAUCUACCCGGGCGUGUUCGAGCCGGGCUCGCGGGGCGGGCUCCCGCUGGCCGAGGUCACGCUGGCCGAGCUGCUCAAGGCUCGGGGCUACGCCACGGCCAUGGUGGGCAAGUGGCACCUGGGCUACGGCAACAACGGCUCCUUCCUGCCCGUGCACCAGGGCUUCGAUGACUUCCUGGGGGUGCCCUACUCCCACGACCAGGGCCCGUGCCAGAACCUGACGUGCUUCCCGCCGGACACCAAGUGCUUCGGGACGUGCGAGCAGGGCGCGGUGGCCGUGCCGCUGCUGCGCGGCCGCGGGAUCGUGCAGCAGCCCGUGUCCCUGCCCGCGCUGGCGCCGCUCUACGGCCGCUUCUGCCGCGACUUCAUCGCCCGCUGCGCCCGCCUGCGCCGGCCCUUCCUGCUCUACUACGCGUCACACCACACGCACUACCCGCAGUUUGCCAGCCGGGAGUUCGCGGGCGCCACGCGCCGGGGACCCUUCGGGGACGCGCUGGCCGAGUUCGACGGCGCGGUGGGACAGCUGCUGCAGGCCCUGCAGGACAACGGCCUGGAGAACUCCACGCUGGUCUUCGUCACCUCUGACAACGGCCCCUCCACCCUGCGCAUGGCACGCGGGGGCAGCGCCGGCCACCUCAGGUGUGGCAAGGGCACGACCUACGAGGGGGGCAUGAGGGAGCCCGCCCUGGCGUACUGGCCCGGCAGGAUCGCGCCAGGGGUGACGCACGAGCUGGCCAGCACGCUGGACAUCCUGCCCACGCUGGCCGCGCUGGCCGGCGCUGCCCUGCCCCAGGUGGCCCUGGACGGCUUCGACCUGAGCCCGCUGCUCCUCGGCCAGGCCAAGAGCCCCCGCCGCGCCGUGUUCUUCUUCCCGCCGGCCCCCGACCCCCUGUACGGCCCCUUCGCCGUCCGCCUGGGCAAGUACAAGGCGCACUACUUCACCCAAGGUUCCUUCCACAGCGACACCACCCCGGACCAGGCGUGCCACGGGCUGACCCCGCUGACCCCGCACCUGCCCCCGCUGCUCUUCGACCUGGAGGCGGACCCCGCGGAGAACUACGACCUGCUGCAGGGCCGGCCGGGCCCCGAGGUGCUGCAGGCGCUCAAGGACAUCACCCUGCAGAAGGUGCUGCUGGAGCAGCGCCUGCAGUUCGGGGAGAGCCAGAUCGGGAAGGGCCAGGACCCCGCGCUGCAGCCCUGCUGCGCCCCCAACUGCAGCCCCAAACCUUCCUGCUGCCGCUGCUCCCCGCAGUGACGCCCCAAAGGCGCCCGGCCCCGUCCCAAAUGACCCGGCUCAGCCUCGGGGCUGCCCCACGGCUCGGGGACCCCUGGGAUUCACGGGGAGCUGCGGUGGAAGAGGAGCAGGGAGACCCCAAAAAAGCGAUGCUCCAUGAUCCGUGUGGGACGUUCCAGGGGAAGCCUUGGGCAGGAUCCUGACCCAUUCCAGGAUCCCUGGCCUGUUCCAGGAUCCCUGAUGCGUUCCAGGAUCCUGAACCAUUCCAGAAUCCCUGACCAGUUCCAGGAUCUCUGACCUAUUCCAGGAUCUCUGAUCCGUUCCAGGAUCCAUGACCCCUUCCAGGAUCCCUGACCCAUUCCAGUAUCCUGAUCCAUUCCAGAAUCCCUGACCCAUUCCAGGAUCCCUGACCCAUUCCAGGAUCCCUGACCCAUUCCAGGAUUCCUGACCCAUUCCAGUAUCCUGAACCAUUCCAGGAUCCCUGACCCAUUCCAGGAUCCCUGACCCGUUCCAGGAUCCCUGACCCGUUCCAGGAUCCCUGACCCAUUCCAGGAGGGUCACCACGCUCCAGCACCUCCCCCAGAGCCAGGACAGCUCCUGGGAUCCCUCUGGAGCAGAGGGAACGUCCCAGAUCCAGGGAUCCCAGCUGGCACCGAGGGCACAGCGGGGCGAGUGGCACGGGGGGCUCAGAGACACGAGCUGGUGGCAGAGGGGACAGCCGCGGGUGGCAGCAGCAGCUCAGGGUGGCACCUCCAGCACCUCCCCAGGGCUCCGGGGUGGCAGCUCCAGCUGUGCCCCUUCCCGUCCCUCUCAAGGGCUUUUCCCGGCGCCGGCACAGCUGAGGCUCUGCCGGGGGAGCCUGGCCUGGAGAAGUUUCUCCCUCUCUCCACCUCCAGGCCCAUCCUCCCCUCCCCAGCUGUCCCCCCAAACCAGUCCCAAGCCCGCCCUUCUCCCCCAGAUUGUGCCACCCUUGUUUUCCCCGGGAGAGCAAAAAUGUGGAUAAGGGGUGUGUGAUUUUGGCCACGGGGAUCAUUUUUUUUGCAGCAGCUGGGAGUGGGGCAUGUCCAGGACCCAGGGCAACGACACUGGCACUGUGCCCCCCUCUCACUUCCAUGGACAAGGGGAUUAUUUCCGGGAUAAAACACGGUGG